AUGGCCAACCUGAACCGCUUCAACCCCUUUGGCCGGCGCGAGUCGCACUCGGCCGCUGCCAUCACCACCUACAAGGUCCUCACCCUCCUCACCUGGCUCCUCUCCGUCGUCGUCUCCGUCUACUUUGUCGUUCGCGGCCAUCUCUGGGACAUCAACUACCAUCACCGAAGCGCCUUUACCCUCAACUCCAUCAUUACUUCCAUCUUCUGGAUCGUCCUCUUUGCCCUCCAGCUUGGGUACGUCGGCCACCUCUUCUCCAAGACGCCCGAGGUUGCCCACGCCGCCUCGAGCGUCGGCAGCCACUUCAUCCUCAACAACCUGCUUCACGCCCUCUUCGUCUACCUCUUCACCCGCCCGCACUUUCACUGGGCCGAGGUCGUCCUCGUCGUCAACUUUGUCAACCUCGUCUCUCUCUACUUUCGUCACAACACUUACCCGCGCUUUAUCCACGCCCCCGUCGUCUCCGGCCCUCUCGCUUGGACCUUUGUCGCCAUUUACUGGAACGGCGCCAUCAUGGUGCCGCAUCAGAACAGCCUGGUCGCCCGCGUCUUUGCCAACAUUUUCAUCUGGUCCCUGCUCGCCUUUGGCCUGUUUUUCCUCGGCGUCUACAAUGACUACACCAUGAGCUUCUCCCUCUCCGUCCUCGCCGCCGCCAUUGGUGUGGCUCAGUUCACCCACCAUAUUGUCGCCCUCCAGUGGAUCUUUGCCUUUACCAUCAUGGGCCUCUUGUUCCUUGCCACCCUGGGCGUCGCCGUGCCCGUCUGGACCGGCCGCGACAUUCGCUGGAGGAAGCGCACCGAUGUGACGGACGCCGAGCGCGCCCCUCUUCUCAACGAUAAUGGUUACUCUAUCCGUACAGUUAAAUUGAUUUACUUUUUUACUCGAGGAGCAUGGCAUGGGGUUCGAUACAAGUGGGUCGGUGCAUCCAUCAUGCCGGCGCUAAAAAAUAUGCAGGCAAAUCAUCCAACCAAUUUUCUGAUGUUGUGUCUGCAUCUCGAGAUUGAGAAGAUUACAGAAACACUCGACAACAUGAAGCCGUUACGCGCCUUCCCGCUGCCCCUCAACGUGGGCACCGAUAUCUGCCAAAUCUCCCGCGUCUACGGCAUCCUUACAGGGCCGCGGGCGACGCGCUUCGUCGAGCGCAUCCUGACGCGCGAGGAGCGACCGCGUUUCGGCAAAUUGGCCGGUACGCUGCCGCUCAGGAUGCCCGCCGCGCGGGACGCGCAACAUGACCACACGGCGGCGGCGGCGUCGGCGCGGGACCCGGAGGGAUGGAAGGCAGCGGCGUUUAUGGCCGGCCGGUUCGCCGCAAAGGAAGCCGCCAUCAAGGCGCACGCGCACAGGCAGCUCACCUUUCAUGACGUCGUCAUUGAGAGGCGCGCAGCCGGGGCCCGCACGGAGACGCUGGGCAGUGGCCCGCCAGUGGCGAGGAUCAGGGCGGUGGCCGAGGCGGAUGAGGACGAGAGCGCCUUGAUUUCCAUUAGCCAUGACGGCGACUACGCAACGGCCGUUUGCCUGGCUCAUGACUCGAGCGUGACGGGAUAA